AUGGUCUAUGUCUACAGGCUCGCAACUCCGGCCAUCGCUGCGCAGCUGCCCUUCCAGGAGAAGCACAUGGAGAACUUUUUCACGCCGAUCAACGAAGGACUUCAGCGUGUCGGUGCCAGCCAAUUCUGCUCGCGGGACGUCCGAAGCGAGCUCGGGGGAUCGCAGUCGUACGACGUGGAGCGCAUCGUCGACCGCCAACCCGCCCAAGACCCCGUCAAGGUGGGGCAAAUUUCCGACCUUCGAGAGCGCCUCAACCUCUUGCAACCGCCGCCACCCGCCACGGACCUCGACGAAGGAUGCGAGAAUGGCCGUGAGGGAGGAUCCCUCGUCGACACCAGCAUGUGGGCGCGCACCUCUCUGGAGGAUUUCUUGUCCCUGACCCAAGAUGUUCCUACCUCUGCGAUCUUCGCCGUGCGGUACAAGCUUACCCCCAAUCGGCCGAGCCACCUGAUGGUUUUCGGCCCCGGGGACUUUCACUUGUGCUCAUGCUUACGGCUCCUGCAGCACGGCCUACCGUGCAGACACUACUUCGCAGUUCUUCUUAGCUUCAUCGGCGAGAAGGACUUGCCUGGGUCUGGCCACACCUUUAACGUCGCGUGUGUGCACAACCGCUGGAGACAGGCGCCCGACGUGGACGACAAGCCUUGGAGCGUCUCAUUCGUGUUGGGAUCAACAGGGCACGGCGGCGGCUGGGACGGGCUUCACGACAACGACGAUGACGUCGCCCCUAUUUAUGACAACAAUGGCGACAUGGAUGGCGCGCUUCCCCAGGAUGCGAGAAAGGUAGCCGAUCAGCGCCGAGCGUUUGCCACCAUGAUGGCAAAGAGUAAGGAAAAUGUCAGCGAGAUAUUGAGGUCGGUCAACACCGCCGAGGCCCUAGAGAUCCAGAGAGCGGUCGACGAGUGUGUUAAGUUCCAACUGACUAAGAGGCUAGGCAUGCUCGACGGUACUGCAAUAGGUCCCGGCAAUCCAGAGAUGGCCCCUAAGAAGGGGAGGCCGAAGGGUUCAACAAAGCAAGCUACCGGUACCAUCGGCCAAAGUAAAGCUAGAAGCAGAAACCCUGAGGGACAGAUGGGCACAACUCUUAAAAAGACAAGGUUCAGGGAUUCGUACGGGCCUGGGUCUGGACGUGGGAGGAGAGCGAGGGGGGAUGGACAAUCGGCGAGUGGAAACGCCUCGUAG